GGCCGGCGGAGCCCGGCAGGGAGCGCCUGGGCACUUUAAGGAGGGGGCGGGCCCGGGGGCGGUGGCCCCAGGGGCGGUUGCCGCGGGGACGGGGCAGUGACGCGGCCCGAGGGCGGAAGUGGAAAAGUUGCCGGCGCCCCGAGGCAAGUUGGCUGAACUGUGCGCGCGGCGCGACGAUGGGGAGCUCGGGCAGUCGCCUGUCCAAGGAGCUGUUGGCGGAGUACCAGGACUUGACGUUCUUGACCAAGCAGGAGAUCCUCCUAGCCCACAGGCGGUUUUGUGAGCUGCUUCCCCCAGAGCACCGGAGCGUGGAGGAAUCACUGCAGAUACGAGUGUCCUUGGAGCAGAUCCUCAGUCUUCCAGAGCUCAAGGCCAACCCCUUCAAGGAACGAAUCUGCAGGGUCUUCUCCACAUCCCCAACCAGGGACAGCCUGAGUUUUGAGGACUUCCUGGACCUUCUCAGUGUGUUCAGUGACACAGCAACUCCAGACAUCAAGUCUCACUAUGCCUUCCGCAUCUUUGACUUUGAUGAUGAUGGAACCUUGAACCGAGAAGACUUGAGUCACCUCGUGAACUGCCUCACAGGACAGGGCGAGGACACACGGCUUAGUGCUUCAGAGAUGAAACAGCUCAUUGAUAAUAUCCUGGAAGAGUCCGACAUUGACAGGGAUGGCACCAUCAACCUCUCAGAGUUUCAGCACGUCAUCUCCCGGUCACCGGACUUUGCCAGGACCACGCUCCACUGGGAGAUGACGUCGACCAGACCAGGGUGGCUCUGGGCCACUAGCCUCUGGAAAGCGGAGGCUCAGACCACUCCCCAAAACUCAAGAGCACUGGGCCAACCUCAAAGAGUAACAGUCCUUUGAGAGGAAGGGCCAGGAUUCUGUUUCUUUAGAUUUUAUUAAAAAAAAAAAAAAAAAAAAGUAAAGUGCAUCUUAUUAAAAAAAAUAUAAAACCCACUUAAACUUAGUGUCCCCAUCACUUUGAGUGGGAGUAGGCAAGGUGGGAGGAGGGAGCGGAGAAUGGGGUCCGGGAGCAGUCUGGAGGGGAUGCGAGCCAAAGGGACACACAGGUUCACAGGCUGGAUGGAGGCAGGCAGGCACCAAUCUCUUCCUAGACUCCGAGGGAAAGGGCAUCCAUCGUCCUAAACUCUCUCCUGGGCUCGCGCUGCCCCUCUUGCGCGUGGCCACAGCCUGAUACAGGCCGGAAAGGUCCAGCAGGUGAGUCUGAGCCCAAGGCCUUGUGAGGGGCUGCAGUGGCAGCGUGGCCCUCUGGUCCCUGAGGUGACGGGAUGAUGGCUGUGAAGAGUUGGCCAGCUGGCAAGGCAGGACCCACAAAGCCCGAGCCGCCCCCUGCUUCUGUGGGGACGAGGGCCCACCAGUGGCUGUGGGAUAAGGCAGGAGGUGGAAGAGGCCAGCCGGUGGGGACUGCCAGCUCUGUCUCAGACUGCCUCUGAGGCCGUGCGGCGGAGCGGCUGGCGCACGUGGCGUUCUGCGAUGUCUCAUUCUUCUCACUGGCUUCACAUUUUCUUUUUUCUUUUUUUUUUUU